GCACAAUCUGUCUAUGUCACACCUGGGCUCUUUGUCGUCGUCCGCCAGGCGCCGAAGCACAAGCAAAGCAAACGACUCGAAGGGAAUGAGGCAGCAAGGGGCAACUCUGCGGAGGGAGUCUCCAAGCAAUCACACGCCGAAGACAACACACUCAGCACUUCAACCCGACACGGGAACGAGUCUCUUUGUCCGUCAGAGCACAAGUCGACGGGGGGGGAGGGAAAGAAAGGAAAAUCGACGAAGACAAACACAAGAGAAACUCGAAGGGAAGGUAUGAGAGCAUCGGAGGCUUCGAAAAAAUGCCUUGCUCCUACACUGCCCGUACGGCGUUAUGGCGUUAUGUACGCACCCUGUACAACUAGCGCCAUGCUUUACAAACAGCGGUUGCAGCGGUUGCAUGCAAACGCGUUUCUCGACACAAACUCGGCCACGGCCAGCCUUCCUUCCUGGCCUGCGCUCUCUUGUCUUCCCUUGUUCGGCCUUCCUUUCGUGAAGUUAGUACAUAGGCCUUUCCAAAAGUAAGCACCGCACCUGCCCUUUCGUUUCCAAACCCCAAUCAAAGCAAACAAGCCGUGUCUCAGACGGCUCUUCAGACAGUCAGUUCGUCACUCAACGAGCGCUCACAGGCGCAAACCAGUACCAAUCGACAAAGUAGGCCCACAGAUGGGCGAUGGGCGAUACUGACUGUACAUCGAUAAACGAAUCCUUCCUUUCCCAUCGAUUUCCAUCCAUUCCACCCCCAGCCAGUCAGUCAGACAGCCACAAGCAAGCAUCAUGCAGUACAUACAUGCAACGACUUCGAGGACGACGGGGCAUGAGGGGCAAAGCUGCAGAUAUAUAGGUUACAGUUAUGCAGACAAGCAGAGAAUUCAGCCGCCUCCGAGCAUUUUGCUGGCGACUGUUCAGUCGCUCCUGGGUGUCGCGUCUUGUUCAGACGCUCGUCAGGUACGCGAAGGCAGUCACGAAGACACACGAACAGCACGAGAUUUCUCCCUGUGCUGUGUGUGCUUCUGCCUCUCAGGUUUGUGGUUCGUGUGGUGGGCCUGAGAUGGCCGACGCGCCCGGCAAGGGCGACUCAGAGGCCGUCAAGGCCGAGGAUACGGCGGCGUCAAGGGGUGUGACGGGUGGCGCGACGGAGGAGGCUCAGCAGCCAUCCACCGAGGCGAGUGGCAGUGGUGCUGGCGCUAGCUGGCGCAUCAGAGAGCGCGUCGUCAGAGGUGCCCCUCGGGCCACCCUCUUGAUUUGCCAAGUAGAUAAGCACUUGUUCAGAUGA